CUGUCGCAUUAUUUUUUGUGCGUCAUAUUUUAGAAACGCCGCGAAAAGCAGAUUCAGCUAUUUCCUAAUUUAUCGCAAUAUUUGACGAGUUCUAAUUUAAAAUAUAACUACAAAUUCGAAAACAAUAGUUUAAAAUGUCGGGAACAACUCAAAAGUACAGAAACUUCGUGGCAGAGCCCAUGGGAGAGAAGUCAGUAACAGAACUGGCUGGAAUUGGAGAGACGCUCGGGGGACGCUUGAGCACCGCUGGCUUUGAUAAGGCCUACACGGUGCUAGGCCAGUACUUGGUGCUGAAAAAAGACGAGGAGCUGUUCAAGGAUUGGAUGAAAGACGUUUGCCAUGCUAGCUCAAAGCAGGCAUCAGAUUGCUACAAUUGUCUCAAUGAUUGGUGCGAAGAGUUCUUGUAAAAGAAUCGAACCGCACAGUUGUUUUUGGGAAAUCUCUGGACAAGCAAUAUGCUCGGACGCAUCGGGGAGUUCAGAUACAUUGAUAUUCUCCAUAUAAUAAUAUGUUCUGUCACAGUAAUAUUAGGUUAUCAUUAAAAUGUAAUACAAGUGUUAAUUGAAUUCUAAA